AUCCUCCACCUCCUUCUCCCUCCUCUCCGCUGUGCUCCUUUCCCAAACACACAUACACACACGCGCGCGCGCUCACUCAUCUCCCUGUCACACACACAUACACACACGCUCUGUGGCGCGCGCACGGAUGUUCUCUCCUCACACGGACUACUAACUACAGCCCUCGUUAUUCCCCAUCGUCUCGCGCUCUGUCCGCCGCGAGCUCUAAAAGCACAACAAACCCAGACGGGGGAAAGAAACAGCAGCGCAGCGCGAGACGGGAUUUCUGGGUUUUUAGUUCUGACGCUGUUUUUAUUCUCUGCGCGGCUGGAUUGAACUAAAACCCCGUCAGUCGUAUUCUCCCGGAGGCGCGCGCGCGGACAUGCAGCACGCGACACGGCUGCGGGGCUCGCGCUGGGCUGCCCGCGGGCUCUGCUGCGUGCUCGCCGCGCUCUCCGCGCUCUGGAGGCCAGGCGCCGCGUGCCCGGCUGCGUGCACGUGCGCGGGCUUCAGGCUCUCGUGCGCCGACCCGGAGCGCAGCCUGACGGCGUUCCCCGCGCUCACCGAGCCCGAGAUGGAAAACGUCACGGACAUAUAUAUUGCUAAUCAAAGCAGUUUCACUUCAAUCAACGACAGAGACCUGGCUUUUUACCGCAACCUCAGAAAUCUGACAGUGACCAGCACAAGACUCACAUAUGUAUCACGGGAUGCCUUUCAGAACAACCUCAAGUUGCAAUAUCUAAAUCUGAAAGACAACAACCUGUCGUCCUUGUCCUGGAGGGUGUUUCGCCAUCUAAACAUUUCCUACUUGAUGCUGUCAGGUAACCCCCUGCAGUGCUCCUGUGAGAACAUGUGGAUGAAGCAGGGGAGAGGAGAGGAAGCUGAGGCUGAGCUGCUGUGUGUGGAGGAAGGAGGGAAGAGGAGGUCUCUCUCCACUCUCAAUCUGCCCCAGUGUGUCGUCCCAACGGUUAUACUUACCUCCCAAAAAGUGUCUCUGCUGGAGGGCUCCAAUCUGACAGUCACCUGUAAAGCCUCAGGAACACCCACACCUGAUCUCAAAUGGAACAUCUCUCAGCUUGUGUCCAAAUAUAAGAUUGUUACCUCAGGGCAGUCCUCUGUGCUCAGUAUCUUCCACCUCUCUUCACUGGACAACGAGUUUAAAGUCAUCUGCAGCGCUGAGAACAUAGCAGGAGAGAGUGAAGCUACUCUUCAGCUCGACGUUCGCUUUCCCCCAACAAUCAGUAAGCUCAUGGACGCCAUUCCAGACCACCACUGGUGCAUACCCUUCAGCGUCUCUGGCAACCCACAGCCGAAGCUGAGCUGGUUGUGCAGCGGUAAGCCGGUGGAAGAGGGGGAAUAUAUCAGCACCCGCAUCCACGACUACUCCGAACACGAGUACCAUGGCUGCCUGCAGCUGGACAGCCCUACACACGUCAACAACGGCCGUUACACACUGCAGGCCGAGAACGUUUACGGAAAGGACAGCAAGUCCAUAUUUGCCCACUUCAUGCACGACCCCUGGAAUGACACAACAGCCACAGAUCCAUCGUACUACGAUGACACGCCUCUCGGACCACCUCAGGAUCGAGUUGCUGUGUACGUGGUCGUGGGAAUCGCCGCUGUCACAUUCGCCGGCUUUGUGCUGAUGCUGGUCGUCCUGAAGUUUGGACGCAAUUCAAAGUUCGGAAUUAAAGGGCCUUCAUCUGUCAUUAGCAACGAUGACGACUCGGCUAGUCCUCUCCACCACGUUUCAAAUGGCUCCAACACACCGUCGUCCUCUGAUAUGAACACGGAUGCCGUCAUCAUUGGCAUGACCAAAAUCCCAGUCAUCGAGAACCCGCAGUACUUCCGCAGCACCAGCAGCUUGUUAAAAUCAGACACCUUUGUCCAGCACAUUAAGAGGCACAACAUCGUUCUAAAGAGAGAACUGGGAGAAGGAGCCUUUGGGAAAGUGUUCCUAGCUGAAUGUUAUAACCUCUCACCCGACCAGGAGAAGAUCCUUGUUGCUGUGAAGACUCUGAAAGAAGCCAGCGAGAAUGCACGCAAAGACUUCCACCGUGAGGCUGAGCUACUGACCAACCUGCAGCAUGAGCACAUCGUCACAUUCUACGGCAUGUGUGUGGAGAGUGACCCGCUCAUCAUGGUGUUCGAGUACAUGAAACACGGAGACCUUAACAAGUUCCUCAGGGCUCACGGUCCUGACGCGGUGCUGAUGGCAGAUGGUCAGGUGCAGCAGCAGGCCGAGCUGACUCAGUCUCAGAUGCUGCACAUUGCUCAGCAGAUCGCAGCAGGCAUGGUCUAUCUGGCCUCGCAGCACUUUGUGCACAGAGAUCUGGCCACGAGGAACUGCCUGGUGGGCGAGAACCUGCUGGUGAAGAUCGGAGACUUUGGCAUGUCCCGCGACGUUUACAGCACAGACUACUACCGGGUGGGCGGACACACCAUGCUGCCAAUCCGUUGGAUGCCACCAGAAAGCAUCAUGUACAGGAAGUUCACCACCGAGAGCGAUGUCUGGAGUCUGGGAGUGGUGCUCUGGGAAAUAUUCACCUACGGGAAACAGCCCUGGUAUCAGCUCUCCAACAACGAGGUGAUUGAGUGCAUCACUCAGGGCCGUGUGCUGCAGCGGCCACGCACCUGCCCCAAGGAGGUGUACGAUCUAAUGCUGGGCUGCUGGCAGAGGGAGCCGCACACUCGCCUCAACAUCAAAGAGAUCCACAACCUGCUGCUCAACCUGGCCAAGGCCUCCCCCGUCUACCUGGACAUCCUGGGCUGAGAGAGUGGGAGUGUGCCUCUAUAUAUGUGUGUGUGUGUGUGUGUGUGGGUGGAUCCCAAAACUGCCUCAAUUUCCUCCUCCUUCUCUCCUGUUUCCCUCCCCCUCCCUCCUGUCCUGCCCUGCUCCUGUCAUUCUAAAUGUGUAGCCUGGUAGGCAGCAGGAGCCUCAUCUAUCAGUAUUAGGAGCAAGAAGUGAUACGUGACACUGAAAUAUAACAUUUCCGAAAGGUUUUUUGUUCCGCGCAAUCGGAUCCAUUCUCAGACACUUGCUGUACAGUCACGAGGAAUUCAGUGUCCCUGUAAAUAUUCUUCACUCUUGACUGUAGAAGAAAGAGCAUAGUCAUUUACCGGACUUCGCGAAGAGCACUCUUCAUUGUCGUUUGGAAUUGGAAAAACAGAAAUGAAAAUACGACAAAUCCAUACACCAAUUCCCAAGACUGCGUCUGAUGCGGAAGAUGGAAGAUCUCAUCCCACCUUUUCCCAAUCUUCCCAAGUGCUACAGUACAUCAACGUGACUACAAACCUUUGAUAACAACAGCAUCGGGAAUCUCGAAUACACUUAUUAGUAAGACUUUUGCCUUGGUGUUGAGGAAAAUGAUGGAAGCAGUAGCCAUUCCAAAGUAGAGACUUAUACAGACCAAAUUACAUAUGGCGUAUUGGCUCAGUGCAAAGUGUUUGGAGAGCCAGGAGCCUUCAAGGCAGCCCUUUUCCUAAUAGUGCACUACUGGAGGGGAUAUUGAGUCAUUUGAGACGAGGCCAUGCCCAUGUUUCAAUACUGUUAGCGUGCAUUUAGGACAGCAGCCCAAUUACCCUGAGUGGCUGAUUAUGAUGGGGUAGGCUAAAUUAUGGCCUGCUUCUCUCUCUCUCUCUCUCUCUCUUUAUCUGUCUCUCUCUCUCUCUAUGCCCCCCCCUCCCCUUCCCUCCAGUGAAGUACUGCUCAAGGCAGGGGUUACGCAGCUGUUAUGGUGUAAUAUAUAUUUCAUUACAGUACUAAUGUCAGCUAUUAGCACCUAUUCCCCAAAGACCCAUGGAGAACGUGCAGGAGAGUAGAAAAACAGGACACAAAGAAGAAAAUGAGGAUGGAAAGAAAAAAACCCAUAUAACUUUUUAUUUAUUGUAUCAUUGGAUCAUCCUACACGCCUCAAACUCUCCCUUCUCCCUCCAGCAGUGCACUUUUUAAUAACUCCAACUAUAACCACAAAACAUAGCAAAAACAAAGACUCUUCAAGACUUUAAGGCACACAUUUACACAACUGUUCCAGUUUUCCACUUUUUUUUCUUCCUCGCUUAGUUGUAGACAAAUCUCAGUGUAUUAUUAGGCAAGAGGAUGAAUUCCAAGUAAGAGAGGAAGUGAGAGAGAGAGGUACAGCUAAAAUAUAAUUAUAAUGGUUGCAAAUGGAGGUGUGUUGCUGCAUUCACGACUGAGUGAGUACAAUUCAGAGCAGAAAUUGCAAUUAAGUAUUGUAUCAUUAGAGUUGUAUAAAAACAUUCAUUUGCAUUUUUGACAUUUUCUCUUUGAUUGGUGUAAUCCAACAUAAUCUCCCUAAACAUUUUUAUUAACACUUUACAAUAAGGGUACAUUAAAACAGAACAUUAAAACAGAACAAAACAGAGCAUUAAUUGGAAAUAGACAUUAAUACAUUAUAAUCAGAAUCUUAAGCUCAGUUAAUUAUUAAAUAACCCCUAACAGCCCAGGAUUUUUGUCAAUAGUCUGCCUUACAUUACAGCACUAAAUCUUGAGGAUUUCUAUUCAAGGAUUAAAUAAAAAGCUUUCAUGUUUGAUAAGAAACAUUACUGAAAAUCGUAAUUGUAAUAGAAAAUAUAUUUAAAAAAUGUUAAUGUCAAAAUAUAAUGAAUAAAAUAAAUAAAAUUGGAUUAAUUUUAAAAUUGAUAUUUUCCCGAAUACAAAUCAAACAGUUCUUGUCCUCCAAUCCUUUAGUUAAGUUAUGUUUGUCUAUUUUUACGUCUAUUUUCAAACAUGCAUAAUUUGGGUUUGAUUCCUGUUACUGAUCUGAAAUUAUUAAGUGAAGUAUAGAGAAAACAGACAGCUUCUCCAAAUGUCCUGUAGGGGAUUUUAAAGAUGUUAAAAGAUGUUAGAUGAUUUUUCAAAAUGUGAAUAACUUAUUUUACUGCAAAAAAAGUGUUUUUGUAUCACCAUGUUAAGGGGUUUGGCAUGUUAAGGGGUUAAAGGUAUUUACAACAAUCAUAAGCAUUAAAAUGUUGUAAUGUUUAAUAAUCUCUUAACUAUUGUUAAUUAAUAACUAGCUGAGACAUUACUUAAGCUAUUAACAGUGUUUAUUAUUGUUGUACACACUGUUAAUUAAUGAACCCUUAUUCUAAAAUGUUACAGAAUUGUCUUGUCAGAAUUUAUUUUGCUUAAGAAAGGUCCUAACAACAGAUAGCAUCAGAUUUAUGAUACUUUCAAACUGCAGAUUCAAGGUUUUGAAGGUGUGGACUGUAACAUUAUGCUAUACAUUUACUGUUUUGCCAAUCAGCGAGAUCUCUGGAUCUGAUGUGAAAUUGUAAAGCUUUUUUUGCUGCUGCUGCUAAAUAGUGAAUUGCCAGAGACUACUCACAAAAUAAAUUAUGCUUUAAAUUCUACAAGCUUUUAUUAGCUUUUACUAGCUAAUGCUAGCUUACUACUGAUUGUCCAACAGCAACAGCUUUCAGGCAGAAGGUAAGAGAUUCCAAGCUGGAAAUUUCAGAGCUCCCGAAUACUUAAAUUGUGUUAAAUCUCUGUCUGUUCCUACUUUUUUGUUUCAGUGUUUUAUUUAUUUAACAUGAUGCACUUUUAUUUAUUUUAUUAUUGUCUGUAAAUUAUUUAAUGUAUAUAUCAGAAUGAAUGUAUGUUCCCAGAAGUGAACUUGACCCAAAAAUGCUAAAUACUAAUGUUGCUAAUGUGGAAUAACUUCUGGUGGACUCUGGUGUUAGCAUGAUCUCAUUUGUAUAAUGCUAACUACUAAGUAGGCCUAUACAGUAUACUUUCAUUUAAUUCACAUGAUACAGAUCGGGGGG